AUAGCCAUUGUGUCUAGAAGCACUGAUAGCCUUCUCCUCUCUGUAUCCCCCUCAUUCAUACUUGCACUGACCACAGGGGAGAGUGGGCAGGCAGGGCUGAGGGCACCCCAGAUUUACUGCUGCCACCUGGCCUCCCCAUUGACACAAUUCCAGGUCAGAAGGCAGUUGCAGAAGCCAUUUCAAGACAGCAUUUCCACGUUCCCCUCCUUCCGUAACACUUAGAAGUAUUUAUUUUGGAGCUUAGUAGGGUGUGGGACCUUCCAGAAGAAAUACUAAUUUUAUUGUGCAUUUGUUCUCAACAUGGGAUAAAUGGAAUGAGGAUAUACCCUUCUAUUCAAAUCCUUUGGCACCUGCCAAGGAGGCGUGCCCUUUCCCCUUGGGGGGGGGGAGUCUGCAGCCACACAAGCAGAGUCAGAAGGACAACCUGAAAUCCUCAUCUUGACGCCCUCAGCCCACCUGGGGUCAACAUCUUUCCGAUUGGCCUUUGGGUUGUCCUGAGCCAGGCAAGAGCCACCCCUUGGGAAGGGGAUAAAACCAGGACUGCCCAAGACGCGGUCCAGCAUUUGGGCAAAAUCACAGAGGUCUUCGUGCCAGUAUUGAGAAAGAAUUUGUGAUCGCUGACCCACCGAGAAGGACAACAGUCACCUCCGCUGGUCCCAAGACAGAGAGCCAAGGAUGCCCAUCGCCCGGACUUGGCUGCUGGCCCUGGCACUCCUGGCUGGGCGUGGGGAGGCCCAGAGCUGCAGGCCUGAACUCCAAGGGGUUGCUCACAAUUUGGCCAAGGGUCGCCCAGCCUGUCAGUCCUCCACCUUGUCAAAUCCAAUUGUUGGAACAGCGAGCAAAGCCGUGGAUGGGAACUGUAGCGGUGAGUGGUUUAAAGAUGGCAGCUGCACCCACACUGGGUGGGACAUGGAGCCCUGGUGGUACGUGGACUUGGGCGGCCAGUACGCCAUCUCCGCUGUGGUGGUGAAAAACCGGGAGGACUGCUGUGGUGAACGUCUCCAGGGAGCCCAGGUCCAUGUGGGAGACUCCGUGGCUGACCAUGGCAAGUCCAGCCCCCUCUGCGGGACCAUCACAAACACCAGCCUUGGCUCCAUCACUAUGCUGUCCUGCAAUUGGCUCAAGGGCCGCUAUGUGAGCAUCAACAUCCCUGGACGGGAAGAGUACCUUCACGUGUGUGAGGUGGAGGUCUAUGGCGCCAAAGCGGAAGACCAGUGUCAACAAUCAACAGUGCAGGCUGGGCGACGGGAGUUGGGAGGGAAGCAGGGGUGAUGAAAUCCAUACAUUGUUUUCCAACCAACUUCCUCUGAACUGCCCUCUUCUCUUUCUCUCUCCCACUCCCCCCCCCGAAAAGCAAGAGGGGCUGUGAUGUUGCCUGUGCCCCACAACAAUGCAUUUCCAGUCUAAGCAAGUAAUUGGGGGACUCGCAAGUGUUUGUUCAAUCCAGAUAAAUUUCAUCACAGAGGGGAAUCUCCCUGUCCCAGCCGUGAGUUCUCCUGUCCGCAACCUUUCCACCUGAUCAACCGCAGAACUGCUUAAUUCAUUUUCAAAUUUAAAAGUACUGUAUCCAAGCCUUAAGUUUUAAUCUUUGGUUUCAUUAAUGAUCCUUCAUAAAGACAAGUUGAUAACAUGGUUUAGAUGAGUUGUUCUUAUCCUUUUUUGAGUCAUGGACCCCUCUGAGAAUCUGAUGAAAACUAUG